UCACUGUACUCUGGUUACGGGCCCCAUACCGCAAAUUGCAUCCAGGAUUCAUCUACCUGAUGUGUGCAUUGCGACAAUUUUGCCGUUGAUACAUUUCAAAAGAAAACAGUAUGAUGUUAACAUAUUUAUUGACCCUCCUUGUGCUGAAAGCUGGGACGCAAUAUGUACAUGGGUCUGAAGAGGUUCAAGAAGAGAAUGGAAAUAAUGAGGCGGACUUGAACGGUGCACUAGAUCCAAGGUUGGAAGCUACGCUACCUCUAUAUCUGACGCCUUACAUUAAUGCGUGUGAAUAUGAAACUGCAAGAAACAAGAGCAAAGUUGGACUCUUCCAAGAUAUGGCGGGCGUAUCAGCGUACUCUGGACUGAUAACAGUGAAUGGCACAUUUAACAGCAAUCUCUUCUUCCUCUUCGUGGUCGCAGAGGGGAACUUGAGUGAAGCCCCGAUCCUGCUGUGGAUGCAAGGUGGUCCAGGCCUGUCGUCGCUGUUUGGUCAAUUCCUGGAAAACGGCCCUAUUGCUUUCGACGCGAAACCAAAUAUCUCCGUAAGGUCCAAUACACUACAAAAAAACAUGAGCGUCAUUUACCUCGAUGUACCAGUGGGGACUGGCUUCAGCUUCACGGAAAACCCUCAGGGCUACUCAAGAAACUUGGAAGACAUUGUUGAGCACGUCAUGGAAUUUCUAGAUCAGUUUUUCAAGUUGUUUUACGAAUUUAAAAACCGGGACUUCUACCUGGCUGGAGAAUCUUACGGAGGUUUGUAUAACCUAUUUUCCCCACAGUUUUUACGAGUACUGAAAAUGAGGACAAGUGAUGAGAAAAUUGGUGACCUGGGAGUGUGA